AUGCUGGCAGAGCUGGGGUCCUGUCUGCUGCUGGCAGUGGCUCUGCUGGGCCCCGGCCCCAGGGCCCGAGCCAUGAAAGGUGUCAAAUGUGGGGGGGUGCUCUCAGCACCUUCUGGAAACUUCUCCAGCCCCAACUUCCCCGGACUCUACCCCUACAACACGGAGUGCAGCUGGCUGAUCGUGGUGGCCGAGGGCUCCUCGGUCCUUCUCACCUUCCACGCCUUUGACCUGGAAUACCACGACGCCUGCGGCUUCGACUUCCUGGAGAUCUACAACGGGGCUGCGGGGGACCAGGGCAACCUGCUGGGGAGGUUCUGCGGCCAGGUGCCCCCGCCACCCUUCACCUCCUCCUGGCAUAUCAUGUCUGUCGUCUUCCACUCCGACAAGCACGUGGCCAGCCGCGGCUUCUCCGCAGGCUACCAGAAAGAUGUGUGUGGUGGCGUCCUGACGGGCCUGUCGGGGGUCCUCACCAGCCCCGAGUACCCCAACACCUACCCCAACAACGCCGAGUGCCGCUGGGUGAUCCGCUCCUUCCUCCUGUCCCCAGUUGUGCCCAUGAACGUGAGCUGCUCCCGCAUGGACUUCCAGAUCCUGAUCUCCACGCAGGCGCUGGCCCCUCUGGGGCAGACCCAGGUCUACCUGGGCAGCCGGCGCUGUGCCGCCCAGGAAGUCGGCGGCACCUUCCGGAUCCAGGCCCGCUUCGACACCUGCGGCACUGAAUCGCAGAGAAGGAACAACACCUCAGUGAUCGUCAGCACACUGUACAUCGACUUCUCGGCCAGUGGGCAGGACAUCCACCAGUAUGAGGUCCUCUGUGAGCCCCGGCGCAAGGAGGCUUCUGUCCACCUGCUGUCCGGCUCCGACUGGCUUGGGCCCUACGCUGCCACGGCUGAGCACCUGCAGGAAGCACCACCCAGCGACGAGGCGGAGGAGCCGGAGAGCCCUGUGGCCCUGGUGGCCCAGGACACCAGUGACAUUGUCUUCCUGGGCCUUUGCAUCCUGGCCGGAGUCCUCAUGGUCAUGGCCAUCGUGGUCCUGAUGCUGCUGUGAGCAGGCCAGCAGGAAGUUCAGCAUCCGUCCAGGGGCCUUCACUCUCCCGAACUGACCCAAGAACCCUGAGGACUUUGUCUAACGCAGCCCAGUCCUGCCUCCAAACUCCACAACACAGAGAGGGAGCAGAAA